AUGGCCGUGAGAAAGUUUACUGGUUUACAAAGAGAUGUGCUCCAUCUAUACAGGCAAUGGAUCAGAUUAGCUUUCCAAAAACCAUCGGCAAAUAGGCAAAACUUUUUAAACUAUAUACAUCUGGAAUUUCAUAAGAAUAGAGACUUAAGACGUAAAGAUUUCACUACCAUAGAAUAUCUUAUACGGAAUGGACAGAAAAAAUUGAAAACUUUCCAAAACCCAAAUCUGAAAAAUAUUCAUUGA